AUGUUUAGAGGCCUGCUUCGGAUUCCAAGACCCCGUGUACCAUCAUUUCCAGCCAGCUCAUAUCAUUUACAAGCGCAAGUUGCAGGAAAGAUUCCCACAAUCCGGAAUUCGUUUAGCUCAAAAUCAGGCAUCAUGAGUACAGACCAGCAGUUGCCUCCGGUCGACCCUAAAACAGGAGAGAUUAUCGUCAAUCCUUUAAAAGAGGAUGGCAGCGAAAAGACUCCCAAGGAAAUUGAAAAAGAGAAGAAAAAAGCGGAAAAGCUUCUAAAGUUUGCCGCCAAACAGGCCAAAAAAGCUGAAGCCGCUAACAAACAAAGCGCUGCCCCUAAGAAGGAAAAGAAGAAGAAAGAGGUCGAGGUCAUUCCUGAAUUCGUUGACAAGACUACCCCAGGUGAAAAGAAGGUCCUUGUUUCGCUGGACGAUCCAGCUUUGAAGGCCUAUAACCCUGCCAAUGUUGAAAGCUCCUGGUACGACUGGUGGGUCAAGUCCGGGUUCUUUGAGCCUGAGUUUACUAAGGAUGGUAAUAUUAAGCCGGAGGGUGUUUUCACUAUCCCUGCUCCUCCUCCAAAUGUGACUGGCGCUCUUCACAUAGGACAUGCUUUGACUAUCUCCAUUCAAGACUCGUUGAUUAGAUAUAACAGAAUGAAGGGCAAGACUGUGUUAUUUUUGCCAGGUUUUGAUCAUGCGGGUAUUGCAACCCAGUCCGUGGUCGAGAAGCAGGUCUGGGCCAAGGAGAGGAAAACCAGACAUGAUUACGGAAGAGAAGCAUUCGUGAACAAGAUUUGGGAAUGGAAAGAGGAGUAUCACAAGAAGAUAAGAAACCAGAUCAACAAAUUAGGCUCUUCCUACGAUUGGUCUCGCGAGGCCUUUACGUUAAGUCCUGAACUCUCAAAGGCUGUCACUGACGCCUUCGUCAGACUACAUGAAGAAGGGAUUAUUUAUCGUGCUUCCCGUUUAGUUAACUGGUCUGUUAAACUAAAUACUGCGAUUUCGAACUUGGAAGUGGAAAAUAAGGAUAUUAAAGCAAGAACUUUAUUAUCUGUCCCAGGCUAUGAUGAAAAGGUUGAGUUCGGUGUUAUCACUUCCUUCGCUUACCCUGUUGUUGACUCUGACGAAAAGCUGAUCAUUGCCACCACUAGACCAGAAACCAUGUUUGGUGACUCCGGUAUUGCCGUUCACCCAGAUGAUACUCGUUACAAACACCUGCAUGGAAAAUUUGUCCAGCAUCCUUUUGUGGACAGAAAGAUUCCAAUCGUUUGCGACAGUGAGGCUGUGGACAUGGAAUUUGGUACUGGUGCCGUGAAAAUUACUCCAGCUCACGACCAAAACGAUUACAACACAGGUAAGCGUCAUAACCUGGAUUUCAUUAAUGUUUUAACUGACUCAGGCCUGUUGAACGAAAACUGUGGUCCUGAAUGGUGUGGCAUGAAGAGGUUCGACGCCAGGAAGAACGUGAUUGAAGCUUUGAAAAAAGCAGGCCUUUACGUUGGUCAAGAGGAUAAUGAUAUGACUAUUCCAACGUGCUCUAGAUCGGGUGAUGUUAUCGAACCUCUCUUAAAACCACAAUGGUGGGUGUCACAAGGCGAAAUGGCCAAGGAAGCGAUAAAAGCUGUCAAAGGUGGUAGCAUUACCAUCACUCCCAAGUCUUCCGAAGCUGAAUACUUCCACUGGAUGGAAAAUAUCCAAGAUUGGUGUAUUUCCAGACAACUAUGGUGGGGGCACCGUUGUCCCGUUUACUUUGUUAACAUUGAAGGCGAGGAACACGAUGAAAUUGACGGUGAGUACUGGAUAUCCGGAAGGACCUUGGAAGAAGCCGAAGCUAAGGCUGCCAAAAAGUUCCCAGGUGUCAAGUACACGCUAAGACAGGACGAAGAUGUCUUGGACACAUGGUUUUCGUCUGGCCUAUGGCCCUUCUCUACUCUAGGAUGGCCAGACAAGACGGCAGACCUUUCUCAGUUCUACCCAUUUUCUAUGCUCGAAACAGGAUGGGACAUCUUAUUUUUCUGGGUCUCCAGAAUGAUUCUACUUGGUCUUAAACUAACUGGCGAAGCUCCCUUCAAGGAGGUUUUCUGUCAUUCGUUAGUCCGUGAUGCUCAGGGCCGUAAGAUGUCUAAGUCCCUUGGUAAUGUCGUCGAUCCACUGGAUGUGGUUUCUGGUAUCAAGUUGGAGGACUUGCACGCUAAGUUGCUACUCGGUAACCUGGCCUCAAGAGAAGUUGAGAAAGCCAAGAAUGGUCAAAAGGAAUCUUAUCCAAAUGGUAUUCCUCAAUGUGGUACUGAUGCCAUGAGAUUUGCUCUAUGUGCAUACACUACUGGUGGUCGUGACAUCAACUUAGACAUUCUACGUGUUGAAGGUUACAGAAAGUUCUGUAACAAGAUAUAUCAAGCAACUAAGUUCGCCUUGAUGCGCUUAGGCGAGGAUUAUGAACCGCCAGCUCAAGAGAAACUCUCUGGUAAUGAAUCUUUGGUUGAGAAAUGGAUUCUCAAUAGAUUGACGCACUACUCGCAAUCUAUCAAUGAAGCUUUUGAAAGACGCGAUUUCUUGACGUCUACUAGUGGUAUUUACGAGUUCUGGUACCUGAUAUGUGAUGUUUACAUCGAAAAUUCGAAGUACUUGAUCAACGAAGGUACUCAAGCUGAAAAAAAAUCUGCAAGAGACACACUUUACAUCUUGAUAGAUAACGCUUUGAGGUUAAUUCACCCUUUUAUGCCCUUCAUUUCUGAGGAAAUGUGGCAGCGUUUACCAAAGCGUUCCUCUGAGCUUUCUCCUACAAUUGUCAAGGCUUCUUACCCAGUCUACAGGAAAGAUUUUGACGACGAAAAAGCUGGUAUUGAGUAUGAAUUGAUUUUAGACUCGAUCAAGGAGGCUAGAUCUUUGCUGGCUCAGUAUGGAAUUCUAAAAAAUGGUAAAGUGUUCAUUGAGUCAUCGAACUCUGCCUUUUUCGACACUGUGGUGUCCCAAAAAGAUUCCAUUGUCUCUUUAAUCAAAGCUAUUGAUGAGGUGACUGUAGUGAAAGCUUCUGCAGAAGUCCCUGAAGGCGCUGUUUUGCAAGCAGUUACGCCUGAGAUCAACGUCCACGUACUUGUUAAAGGACACGUUGACAUCGCUGCUGAAAUUGUCAAGACGCAAGGCAAGCUUGAGAAAGCACAGAAGACAAAGGAAAACCUUGACAAGAUCAUGAAUAGUUCUGACUAUGAAGCUAAGGCCAACGAGCAAGCUAAAGCAACAAACAGUACAAGACUUGAGAAUACUGUGGCUGAAAUUGAAGGUCUAGAAGCAACAAUCGCUAACCUUCAAAGCUUGAAAUUGUAG